GUAUCAUCGUGUGCCGCCAUGGACAGUGCACAUGGCGCCGAUGAGCUGUGGGAAAGCCGGAUUGCGGCAGCUCUUGCAACACCUGAAGGGGAGCCGCUCACCGAACAACGCCUGCAAACCAUCUCCAACUCUCUCCGGAGCUCUGGCCGUGAUAGCUGGAGUCGAAUUCCACGCGUCUAUGCAACUUUGCGGGCGAUUGAUGAGCUGGCGCUUAUCGAGAACUUCAUCGAGUAUGAGAUGAGCGAUGCUGGAUUCCCUUUCACCCAUGGAACACUUCCUAGUUUCUUGCGCCGCCAGGAAACCAGGAAUAAGUUUAUAGAUGCACAGUCUAUGGUGCUCACCAAGGGACUACACCUUGAGAAGGAAGGCAGUAGACACAAGCACUUUGCCAGUCCCGAGGAUAUUCCCUUGAAGAAGCUGGCCGAGCUGGGUGUGGGCGGAUACGGUUUCGUGGAGAAAGUCAUUAGCACCAUCAGCCAUAAGGAAUAUGCUAGGAAGCUUCUUCCACGGGGCAUCAACUUCCGCAAGGACAAGACCGCUCUUCGGGAGUUUGAGAAUGAGCUGGCGCAUAUGAAGAAAGUGUCACAUCGGCAUAUCGUGCAGCUUGUUGGCAGUUAUACUGAUCCAAGAUGCGUUGCUAUCCUGAUCUCGCCCGUCGCGGAUUGUGAUCUUGAGGAAUAUCUUAGAACUCCCAUGACGGACAACAAGAGGUCUUUGCUUGCCACGUCCUUUGGUUGUCUGACAUCAGCUAUCAAUUACUUGCAUCAGAUCAAGAUUCGGCAUAAAGACAUCAAACCUCGAAAUAUCCUCGUCAAGGAUCAUCAUGUCUACGUAACGGAUUUUGGCAUCAGUCUAGAUUGGGCCGAUAAUAGCCGAAGCACAACUACGGGGUUCACCGUCAAGACGAUCAAGUACUGCGCUCCUGAAGUUGUGGAUAAUCUACCUCGCAACUCUACUUCAGAUAUCUGGUCUCUGGGUUGCAUCUUCUUGGAGAUAUGGUCUAUCCUGAGCGGCGAAACCAUUGCCACUCUCUCCAGCUAUUUCGAUACUCACGGCAGUCAUUCUCAAAACUAUUGUAAGAAUAAUGAAGCAAUUGACUCGUGGUGCGAAUUCUUGAGGAAGAAGCCAGGAGACGAAGAGCUCAAAGCACCCGGCGAGUGGAUCCCUUGGAUGAUGAAGAAGAACAAACAAGACCGAUGGAACGCGCAAGAACUAUUCGAUACCAUCCAGGAAUCCUCACUUGCCCCGGAUAGAAACUACAGAAUAUCGUAUAUGGGCUCUUGCUGCAGGUAUGAGGACGACACAGCUGAGAGUGUGCAAUCCUCUGAUCACAAUUCGUACCUUGAACUCGACCCCAUGACAGUAAAAAAAGAUCUAGAAAGUUUGGAGCCAGAUCCCCUCACAAAAGAAAGUCUUCAAGAGACUUCCGGUUCUACCCAGGCAAUAUUCGAGGAUGCGAAUACUUCAGCUUCCGUCGAAAUUGACAGCGAAUCCAGAGACGACCUAUCAGAUUCUACACACGAAUACCUGGAUGCUGAAGAGGAGAUAUCAACUGAAGGCUCUGGUGAUGCAGUUCUUCUCGGGGCUGACAGCAAAGUAGCAACCAAGAGUGAUGGCAAUGAACCUCGAUUCAAUCACGAUCCAGAUAUCGAAAUCCUUCAACCCAGUUUCAUGUAUAAAGCAUUCGAUUUCGUUCGAGGAUAUGUUGCAGGCAAUGCAGCUCCUGUUCCGAUUGUCGACAAGGAAGCGCAGCCCGAUUUGCCUGCCGACACUACCCACGGUUUACAUCGAGCUGCAAGCACAGGCAAGACCAGGAUUAUCGAGAUUUUGGUGGACAGGGGAGUCGAUGUGAAUGUCCGGUGCAAGGACCUUAAAACAGCAGUGAUAUAUGCGGCUGAAGCGGGUCAGGUUAAAGCCGUGGAACUGUUGAUCAUGAGAGGCGCCGACGUAUCGAUCCGAGGUAGCAAUGAUUAUACAGCGCUGCAUAUGGCGUCUUAUUUUGGCCAUUUGAAAGUAGUCGAGCUGCUGAUAUUGAACGGCGUCGAUAGAUCAAUAGUCUCGGGGAAACAAACUACGCCACUCCACUUGGCCGCACGAAAAAGACAUGUCCAAGUAUCCGAGCUCCUGCUGACCAUCGAAGGAGCCGACGCAUCAGUGCCCGAUGAAAUUGGCCGUACACCGUUACACAUGGCUUCCGUAAACAAUGACAUUGAGGUCGCAGGGAUGUUGAUUGCAAACGGCGCCCAGGUCUCCGCAACAACCGACGCGGGAGACACCCCACUCCACACCGCAUCUUAUCGAGACUCCCCCCAUGUCGCCAAACUUCUUCUCGACAAUGGCGCGCAGUCUUCUGCGAUCGAUUAUCGAGGAUAUACGCCCCUAUUCCUCGCGUCUGGUGGAGGCAAUCUUGCCAUCGUCGAGCUGCUCAUCUCCUGCGGCGCAGACCCUUCAAAAGCGAAACGAGGGAAGAAAAGCCAACCACUCAUCUACGCUGCAAAGAACGGACACAUUGAUGUCGUAAACCUCCUUCUCCUCCGCGGCGCCGUCAUUGACGUGAAAUCCGAAUGCGGCGAAACUCCCUUAUUAAUUGCGUCUGCGUUCAAUCAACUUUCCACCGUUGAGAACCUCAUUGUCAAAGGCGCGAAAGUCAACACUGCAGAUAACUGGAAUCGCACUGCUCUUUAUUUUGCUGCCGAGAAUGGGCAUGUCGAGAUUGUGAAGCUGCUGCUACGGCAUCGUGCUGAUAUCACGAUUGUUUCAUGGAAACAAAAGACUUGCUUGGAUGUUGCAAAAGAUAAUAAUCACGCUGAGAUUUUGCAGUUGCUCGAGGAUCAGUUAUCACGGUCCAAGAAGAUCAAAAUUAUGGGGAAAACCAUUCUAUCAUCUGCUAUGAGGCAAUGA